CCCUACGAAGUAGAAUUGGAACGAUCAAUUCAUCCAUCCACCCAGAACCCAUCCCAUCAAUCCUCCUCUUCUAUCCUACAAAGCACUUCGUUCAAAAGAAACAAUGACUCGCACAUUCCUCGCAAAGAUUCUUCGCAGUGCGCCCCGCCAAUGUGGCACCUCUCGAAAUUUGCUUGCGCGAGGUCGAACAUUUCCAACCAUUCGACCAAGUGUUGCUUAUCAAACCUUCCGCCCUAUCACAAUUUCGAACAAAGUUGGCAAAGGAUUGUCCCCGGAAUCCGAGAAUCCUAAACCUAAGAUACUGGAAAGCAAUCCAGAACCAAAACAAGCUGCUGAGCUCAGUCAAGAAGAAUACAAUGAGUUAUCGGAUAAGUACAUGGACAUGAUGGUUGAGAAGUUAGAGGAGUUGCAAGAGGAGAGGGAAGAUGUCGAUGUCGAAUAUAGCGCUGGGGUUCUUACACUCUCAUUUCCACCCAUCGGCACCUAUGUCAUCAACAAGCAGCCACCAAAUAAACAAAUUUGGCUUUCUUCUCCCACAUCCGGGCCAAAGCGCUACGAUUUUGUGAUUACGAGUGAGGGUCAAGACUCAAAAGAAGGCACAGGAUCAGGGGAGUGGAUAUAUUUGAGAGAUGGGUCGCCUUUGAACGAACUACUGUUGAAUGAGGUCGGUGUCGACUUAUCAAGUUCAUACACUCCUGAUAUACAAGGGAAUGAGUGAUCACCUUACACAUUCGUGAUAAAUCUACGGACGGAUCUCGAGAGCGAUUUUUUUGUUUUUGCAAAUGGUGGGCUAUAAAUCGAACAUCAAUCGGCGUUUUCUGGCAGUGGCAUUUUCACGACUUGAGAUUCAUGAAUAUAGGGAACCGAUGAGACAUUGAGGUAGCUUUUUAAUUUGGGCAUUACCUAAUGAUAAUGGACACAGUCUGAAUUUCUGACUACCUGCU